CAGUUCGCGUUGAUCAGUCGAUCGUAAGACGCUGAAUACGAAACACCUUACUUAUACAAAAUUAAAAACCUUUAAAUAAGACUAUUAUCAUAACUACAAUAGUUGUAAAACUGUGUCAAAGUGAUUAACUAGACGAACGACAGAAAAAUGGUGCCUAAUCAUUUGAAGAAAUAAACAAUUGUUAAAUUUCCAUCCAUAGUGUUCUAAGUUCUUGUUUAAGUAUAAAAUAAACAAAUAUGGUUACCAGAUUAUUGUUAUAAAAAUUAUAUACUAAUUAAAAUAUUAUAGUAAGUAAACAAUAACAAACAUAAGUUAAGGUAACAUUUAAGACAAAGUUUGAAAACAUGGCGAAAAAUAGUUACGUGUUCAAUAAGGACAAAGACGACAGUAACAUAGAGAUGAGUAGUUCAAAGAUAAGUAAACUACAAUACAGCUAUGAGGAGGCCUUGGAAAUUACUGGACAUGGGAAGUACAACUACGGUCUGCUCUUCACCUGCUUCAUGCUGAUCAUCGCCAUGGGUAUCGACAUCUUCGGGCUGGGCAUCAUCGUGACAGCCUCCACCUGUGACCUCAACCUCACCCUCAGCCAGAUUGGGAUCCUGUCCUCCAUGUCUUUUGCUGGUAUUAUAGUGAUGUCGUACCCCUGGGGCUACCUGUCGGACACGAGGGGCCGGAGACUGGUGCUGAUGUGGGCCAUGAGCGGCAGCUUCAUCAGCUCGGCCAUCAGCAGCCUGUCUCCAUCCUGGCAGGUGCUCGCUGCUUUGCGGUUUAUUAGUUCAGCACUGUCAAGUGCAGCAGAGUCGGCUACUUACGCCCUGAUUGGAGAGUGCUGCGGCGUGAAGGUCCGAGCCAAGUACAUGCUGCUCAUCACCAGCGCACUGAUGAUCACACCUACUCUGUAUUAUAUAACCGCCUACCUCAUAAUGAAGCUGGACUUCACAUACCACCUCCUCGGCAUCGUGUACCGACCCUGGCGCCUCCUGACCCUCAUCAUGGCACUCCCGCUGGGCCUCAGCGCCCUCCUCCUGUGGUACUUCAGCGAGAGUCCCAAGUUCCUCGCCAAUGUGGGGAGGAAUGAGGAUGCUGUGAAGGUGCUGAAGAGGAUCUACGUGGCUAAUGGACAUGAUGGGGAUGCGUUUCCUGUGAAACAAAUCUACUUAGAAGACGGCAACAAAGAGGAAGUAGGAGUGUUCUCCCUCCACUCCCUCUGGACUCAGAUAGCGCCUCUCUUCAAGCCACCACUGCUGUGGAAGACUGCCUUGUUGUACUACCUCACCUUCGUCACUUAUAUCGCUAACAACAGCUUCGCCAUCAUCCUGCCGACGAUCUUCAACAUCUUCUUCACAUCGUACGCCACCAGCGCUGCUGAUGCCUCCUUCUGUGACCUGUUCCAUCUCAGCAACACCACCAGCACCGAUGUGGAAUUGGAGCCGACCAGCUGCAAGAACAGCAUCGAGGACAACACCAUCUGGGCCGGCUGUGCCCACGGCAUGUCCUUCUUCGUGCUCAAUGCCCUCAUCUCACAGUGUGCUGGGAAGAGAAAGCCGAUGACCAUCGUGAUCCUGCUGAUAGCAGCGGCAGCAGGCGUGGGCAUCAACAACACGGGCGAGGCCAUCUCGGGGCUGGUCCUCUUCUACAUCUUCCUCACCACCGCCAUGGUCUUCGGGAUCAUCUCCUCGUACUUCGUGGAUUUGUACCCUACUUCGUACAGAGGCAUGAUAGCCUGCCUGGGCAUGAUGGUUGCCCGGCUGAGCGCGUUCACGGGCACGAACAUACUGAGCGGCGCCAUGACCGACCACUGCUCAGUGGCACUGUAUUCCGGGGCUGGUAUUGUACUGAGUGGUGCUGUAGCAGCCUUGUUCUUGCCUUCAGAUCGUUCCAUACGUUCAUGAUUGAACGCCUUACUUUCUUAAUAAACAUUAGAAAUAAGUGCUUAGUAAAUAAAUGUUAUGAUUACCAAUUAAAAA